AUGACGUCAUUUCCGUCUGUCGAGGCCGUUUUUUCAAGAACAGCGAUUCCUCCGGAUUUCAUCCCGUGGCUGUUCGAAUCCGUCGCCGCCGUCGCCCUCGCCGUGUCGCAACUGCCGCCGCUCGUGUGGUGGCUGCUCCUCGCGGUGCUCGCGGCGCUGCUGCUAGUGUUUCUCUACAAUUGGUUCGACCUGCACGUGGUCAGCCACGUGUUCGUCGGCGAUAGGGUGAAGGUGGUGCACAACCCCGGAUCCAACGUGGCGCGCGCCGUGUUCGCGCGAAUGCGCAUUCCGCACUUCUGGCCCACGCCGUGGCUGUGCAGUCCGCACCUGCAGACCACCUUUGUGCACUUCUUCGCGCCCACGCCCCACGUGCCCUACAUCAGGCAUGUGGUGCGCACCCCUGAUGGUGGCACCCUUGGCCUCGACUGGGCCGAGCCUGCAGCAUCAGGUGUCACACGGCAUGGGUGGCGAGCACUGGUGCCCAAUCAUCGAGGCCUGGGGGGCGUCACCAUCACUUCGAACCGGUUCUACAAUGCGGGGUGGACCACGGACCUGCGCUUUGUCAUCAGCCUUGUACAGCAGGACUACCCCCACGCGCCCCUCUAUGCCAUCGGCACGUCCCUGGGUGCAAACAUCCUGGUGAAGUACCUAGGGGAGGAGGGUGCCUCGGGCCCCAUUCAAGCUGCUGUCAGCAUCGGCAAUCCAUGGGACCUGCUGAUCUGUGAUCGCUGGAUGAAUCGGCGCACGAGGCAGCGCGUGUACAACACUGCCAUGGUCACAGGGCUGCGCGACUUUGCCAAGCUUCACAAGGACAGCUUUCGGCACCUUGUGGACGUGCAGCAUGUCAUGAAGGCGCGCACCAUCCGCCAGUUUGACGACCGCAUCACACGCAUCGUCAGCAACUACGAGACCGUGGACACAUACUACCGUCGCUGUGGCUCAGCCCAGUUCCUGCCCGAGGUGGCGGUGCCAUUGCUGGCUGUGAGCGCACUGGACGACCCCAUCUGCACCCGAGAGGCCAUUCCCUGGGACGAGGCAAAAGCCAACCCAAACGUGGUACUGGCAGUGUCACACCACGGGGGUCAUCUGGCGUACCUGCAGGGCCUCACUGCCAGCAGCAUAUGGUGGGUGUGUGGGCAAGGGGUGGGCCUCACUGCCAGCAGCAUAUGGUGGGUGUGUGGGCAAGGGGUGGUGCGCGUGGCAUGGUGUGCGUGCGUGGGGGGAGGGGGUGUGCGGUUGGGUGCUAGCAGUGUCGCACCAUGGGGGGCGUUUGGCAUAUGUCGAGAAUCCCCUUACCCUGCUCCUCUCUCCGCUAGCUCAUCUUCCUCCCAGCCGCCUCUCCUAUCUCCCCUGGUUCCAGGAUAUCAACCAACCACAUCCCCUCACCUCACUUCUCCUCUCCCCUUUGCUGUUUACUCCCAGCUACUUCCUUUCUUCUUCAUCCUUUCUUAUUCCGCUUCACUCCCGCUUACUGGCCUCUUACUUCCCCAUCCCCCCAGCUCUCUCCUCUUGCCUUGCUUCCCCUUUUCCUCCUCACGUGUUCCCAUUGUUGAUAUGCACCAAUAA